UCACCUCCUGCCACCCGGUGUCACCGCAGGCGCCGCCCCUGCCUGGAUAUCCCCCGGAUGUGCGCCCAGAUGUGUCCCCCCGCCCCGUUCUCCCACUGCCACCGUGCCGUGGGUGACACCCCUGUGGAAGGACACAGGAGCCAUGUCCCGGCGGCGCUGAGCCUCAUCGUCGUCGCCGUCCCCGUCACCGCCAUGGGGAGCAUCUACAAGGAAUAUUUCAACCGCGACAAGAUCCGUGAGCACUACAACUACACCAAGGGCGACGGUGAGAGCGCGGCGCCCUCGCGCUGGGUGGGCUCCGUCCUCAUCGUCGUCCUCUGCUGCGUCAUCGUGCUGGAGAACCUGCUGGUGCUGGUGUCCAUCUGCCGCAACAAGCGCCUGCACCUGGCCAUGUACAUCUUCAUCGGCAACCUGGCGGCCUCGGACCUGCUGGCCGGCACGGCCUUCAUGGUCAACACGCUGCUGUCGGGCAGCACCACCUUCAGCCUGACGCCCGUGCAGUGGUUCGUGCGCGAGGGCACGGCCUUCGCCACGCUGGCCGCCUCGGUGUUCAGCCUGCUGGCCAUCGCCAUCGAGCGGCACGUGGCCAUCACCAAGGUGAAGGUGUACAGCAGCGACAAGAACUGCCGCAUGGUGCUGCUGAUCGGCGCCUGCUGGGUGAUCGCCGGCGCCAUCGGCAGCCUGCCCAUCAUGGGCUGGAACUGCAUCAGCGACCUGGGCGACUGCUCCACCGUGCUGCCGCUCUACUCCAAGCGCUACGUGCUCUUCGUCACCACCAUCUUCACGCUCAUCCUCAUGGCCAUCGUGGGGCUCUACACGCGCAUCUACUGCAUCGUCCGCUCCAGCCACGCCGAGAUCGCCUCGGCGCAGACGCUGGCCUUGCUCAAGACCGUCACCAUCGUGCUGGGCGCCUUCAUCGUCUGCUGGCUGCCCGCCUUCAUCAUCCUCCUGAUGGACGCCUCGUGCCCCGUGCGCGCCUGCCGGGUGCUCUACAGCGCCAAUUAUUUCUUUGCCUUCGCCACGCUCAACUCGGCGGCCAACCCGGUGAUCUACAUGCUGCGCAGCAAGGACAUGCGCGGCGAGUUCCUGCGCGUGCUCUGCUGCUGCGGCCGCGCCCUCCGCGGGCAGCCCCCCGGCCGGGCGGGGGUCCCGCUGCGCACGUCCAGCUCGCUGGACAGGGGCCCGGCCGGCCCCACGGCCGAGCUGCCCACGGUGCCGCUGACCCGCGAGUGCACCACGUCCGUGUGAGGGUGGGCGUGCGCUGGGGGCCACGCUGCGGUGACGAGGGGGUUUGUAAAGGGCAGGGGUGUCCGGUGGGGGGUCAGGGGAUGCGGCGUGGACACUCCAUGGUCACCCCACGGCCACCCUGGGGACACAGCAUUGACACCCCAUAGCCACCCCGUGGACACCCCAUGGCCACCCUGGGGACACCCCGUAGCCACCCCCCCGUGGACACCCCAUGGCUUCAUGGACCCCUCAUGGCCAUCCCAUGGACACCCCACGGCCACCCUGGGGACAUGCCAUGGACACCCCACGGCUUCAUGGCCAUCCCAUGGACACCCCAUGGCCACCCUGGGGACAUGCCAUGGACACCCCACGGCUUCAUGGCCAUCCCAUGGACACCCCAUGGCCACCCUGGGGACAUGCCAUGGACACCCCACGGCUUCAUGGCCAUCCCAUGGACACCCUGUGGACACCCCAUGGACACCCUGUGGACACCCCACGGCCUCAAGGCCACCCUGUGGAUACUCCAUGGACACCCCACGGCCUUGUGGACACCCCAUGGCCGCCCUGGGGACACCCCAAGGUCACCCCACGGCCCCCCAAGGCCACCCCACGGUACAAGCGGAGCGGUUCCCCCGUGGUUCCCCCCGCGGUUCCCCAGGUACGAUGCCCACCUGCCCCCCCCCGGGGCUCUCCCCGUUGUCCCCGUCCCCGCCGGCGCUCCGUGUGCCCGGACACGCGUGGGGCCCGUCCCACGCCCUGCCCGAGCCCCGGGGCCGCCGCCGGACCUGUCGGGCGAGUCCCGGGGCCCCUCCCGUGCCCGUGGGCGGCUCCCGCCGCGUUCCCACCGGGACAGACCGGGAUCAACCCGGGGGGGCUCCGGGGACCCCCGAAAUCCGGGAUUUUCCCCCGCGCUGGUGCGCGGGGCCGGGGGCUCAUCCCAGUGCGGCCGGAUCCGCCGGGAUCCCCCCGAAAUCCCCGGUAUUUGCCCCAAAAUCCUCCCCGCGUUGUAUUAAACGAUUUUUUUUUUUCCA